AUGGCUGCCAGCAGCUGUCUCCUCUUCCUCCUCCUGCCCUGCCUGGUGAUGGCCUCACACAGCACCCCCGGCUGCAGGAUCCGGAUAACCUCCAAGGGGCUGGAUCUGGUGAAACAGGAGGGGCUGCGCUUCGUGGAGCAGGAGCUGCAGAACAUCACAGUGUCUGACCUGCAUGGGCAGGAGGGGCAGUUCCACUACAACAUCAGCCAGGUCAAGGUGACAGACCUGCAGCUGGCACUUUCUGACCUGCACUUCCAGCCUCAGCAGCACCUUGCCUUCAACAUCAACAAUGCCUCCAUCAGCCUGCGCUUCCGCAGGCAGCUGCUCUACUGGUUCUUCUAUGACAUUGGGUCCAUCAACGCCUCUGCAGACGGUGUCCACAUCCACACUGUGCUGCAGCUGGCCAAGGACAGGGCUGGGCGCCUGAAGAUCUCAAACAUGACCUGCGAGGCCUCCAUUGCCAGGAUGCAUGCAGGCUUCUCUGGCACGCUCCGGAAGGUCUAUGAGUUUCUGAGCACCUUCAUCAUCACCGGGAUGCGCUACCUCCUCAGCCAGCAGAUCUGCCCAUCCCUGGACCAUGCCAGCCUGGUGCUGCUGAACUCCUUGCUGGACACGGUGCCUGUGAGGAGCUACGUGGAUGAACACAUCGGGAUUGACUACUCCCUCCUGCAGGAUCCAGCUGUCUCCACAGACACCCUGGACCUGGACUUCAAGGGCAUGUUCUUCCCCCGCACAAAAGAGAACCAGGAGCUGGAGAACCACGCGGUGGAGCCGGUGAUCAAGGAGACGGAGCGCAUGGUCUACGUCGCCUUCUCUGAGUACUUCUUUGACUCAGCCAUGCAGGCUUACUUCCAGGCGGGUGUGCUAGCCAUAGAGCUCCAGGGGGAGAAGGUACCCAAGGACCUGGAAGUUUUGCUGAGAGCCACCUUCUUUGGGACCAUCUUCAUGCUGAGCCCCACGGUGGACGCUCCCCUGCAGCUGGUGCUCCAAGUGUCAGCUCCACCACGCUGCACCAUCAAACCCUCUGGCACCUCCGUCUCUGUCUCUGCCUUCCUCAACAUCUCCAUGGUACCACCAGGCCACCCUGCCGUCCAACUCUCCAGCAUGGUCCUGGAAACCAAGCUGAGUGCCAAGGUGUUUCUGCAAGGGAAGGCACUGCGCAUGCAGCUGGACCUGAGACGGUUUCGCAUCUACUCCAAGCAGUCGGCGCUGGAGUCGCUGGCAGCCCCACUGAAGACCCUGCUGCAGCUGACCAUCAUGCCCAUCAUUAACGAGAAGACUAAAAACGGGGUGCAGAUCCCACUGCCCGAAGGCAUGGACUUCACCAAGGAGGUGGUCACCAACCACGCGGGAUUCCUCACGGUGGGAGCUGAUCUCCACUUCUCCAAGGGGCUGCGGGAGGUGAUCAACCAGUACCGCGCGGUGCCCACUGCCCCCAGCACCACCAGCGCCCUGCCCACAGAGCCCAGCCUGGGCCCCCACCAGCUCUAG